GGCUGACUGUUUUUCUCCCAUUGUGGACAUCACUUUAUUUCCUUUUGCCUCAUAUUUAUCUACUCUGUCUCUAUGAGAUAUGGGGAGCUCCCUUGGUUGUGUGAAACAACCCAGCGAUGCUGGACCAGGUGGUGCUGCACCACUAUCACCCAAAAGAAAACUUCGCUUCAGGCGAAAACGAAAGGCCAAACAGAAGUUAAAAAGUGCCGAAGGGGAGGACAAGAGAAGCCGUGUCCUUGAAGAGAAGGAGAGUGGAAGCGUUGAAGUUACGGAGGGGCCUACGACAAGAGCCCCUGAUUCAGCCAAACUGGUAUCUGGACAAAUAACUACAGAAACUGAAACGCCCACCAAUGUUGUCCUUGUUCCUGGUAUGGCCCCAAUAUUUGGAAGCACAGGGACAUUGCGGGGCAGCAAGAUGGCCAUUCUUUCCCCAGAUCCCAGUCCAGCCUGGCUGGGGGCACUUAGCCAGUUUGAGGUAGAGGGACUCUGUGAAGAGUCUCAUGAUGAAUUAGAGCAAGGCAGCACAACUCCUGGAGGAGGAAGAGUCUGUAAGGUUCGAGAGCGAGUUCAGGGGGUAUUAGAGAGACCCUGUCUUUUACGCUCCAAACGUGGUGACCUGGAAAUAGAGAAGGAAGGAGGAGAUGUGCAUGGGCAGAGUGAACUGAUGUUCGGUGAACCCUCAGAAACCAAGAAGAAGGGAGUUGUUCACAUUCGUGAGUUUGGAGGGCAACUUUGUGUGGUCCGAACUGUGUAUCCAAGGGACUAUGGGCCGCCCGUCUGGCGUGACAAAGAACUUGAGGUCCAUUCUGAACCUCCAGCUGCAUCUCCUGUUACUGGAGACAUUACGAAAAUACAAGUGUCCGCAACUCAAGGGCGACCACCCGGGAAGAAUGACCCUGCCAAACCAGCAACAGCUGCAGCUCGGGGGAAAAAAGGGAAAGAGUUCCUAUUGGACAACUCUGCUCAAGUAGCUGAAGGCGUUGGUCCCCCACCACAAGACCUUCAGUCUUCAGGUUAUGCUAGCGAUGUUCCUCUCACCUCGCCCGAGACGGGAGGUGCUGUUCAGACUGACUGGGGGAGCUCCUCUGAUGUGCUUGAUUCUUCUGUGCUUGAGAGUCCAAUCUCCCCUCAAGAGAUACUGGCUCAGCCUUCCACCCAGAUUUCUGAGAUCUAUGUGAGCGGUGAGUCAGGUGACCUCACGGCGAAAGAGAAGCUGCUAAUAUGGAGUCAACAGGCAACAGAGGGCUACCCCGGUCUCCGUUGUGCCAAUUUCUCCUCCAACUGGAGCGAUGGACGCUUGUUCAACGCUCUUCUGCACAGAUACAGGCCGGACCUGAUUGACAUGGAAGUGGUUGCGCAACAGAGUAACCGUGAGAACCUGGAACAGGCCUUUGAGAUUGCGGAGUCAUUAGGUGUAACGCAACUUCUAGAUGCUGAAGAUGUUGAUGUGCCGUCGCCAGAUGAGAAAUCUGUCAUCACGUACGUCUCCUCCAUCUACGAUGCUUUCCCCAAGAUCCCAGAGGGUGGAGAAGGCAUUGCAGCUCAUGAGGUUGACCAGCGAUGGACAGAGUACCAGUCUGGCUUCUCUUCUCUGCUGCAGUGGACCAGGCAACACACGGCCCUCAUGGCCAACAGGAGCUUCCCCCACAAUCCUGUGGAACUCAAGGCACUUUACAAUGAAUAUGUCCACUUCAAAGAAACCGAUAUCCCUGCGAAGGAGAGAGAGAAGAGCCACAUCGAGCACCUUUACAAGCUUCUGGAGGCGUGGAUAGAGUUCGGGCGCAUUAAGCUGCCUCAAGGGCUACACCCUAAUGAUCUGGAGGAGGAAUGGGGAAAACUGAUCCUGGAGAUGUUGGAGAGAGAGAAAGCACUGAGGCCUGCUGUGGAGAGGUUGGAGCUACUCCUACAGAAGGCCAAUAAGAUCCAGAACAUGGCACUAGAUUGUGAGGAGAAACUCACGCUGGCGAAGAACACUUUGCAGGCUGACAUGUCUCAGCUAGAGAAUGGGCAGCCGGUACGGUGUGAGAAUGAAUUGGGGAUGUAUCUGCAGGACUGUGAGGCUUUAGUCAGACAGCUUCAUCUUGACCUGCAGGUCCUCAGAGAUGAGAAGUACUAUCAAGUGGAGCAGCUGGCUUUCAGGGUGUCCUGUCUGCAGGAGGAGCUGGUUUCUUUGCGCCUGCAGUGUGCCAGUGUGUACAGGAAGGGUCAUUUCUCCACAGGGGGUCUGCUGGGAGAGCAUGUGGGUCAGAAGGGUUCCUCAGGCGGUCUGGCUACACUGGGAGCACAGACACUUCUGGGUGCAGUGGGUGCUGCGGCGUCCCUGCUCAGACGGCCGAUGUCUCGUGCAGACCUGGUAGCCAUGUCUUCAUCUGAGGACGAAGGCAGUCUGCGCUUCAUCUACGAGCUGCUGGGGUGGGUGGAAGAGACGCAGGACCUGCUGGAGCGAGCCGAGUGGGGUUCUGAUCUACCCUCUGUAGAUCAGCACCUGCAAGACCACCACAUCAUUCACACAGCAGUGGAAGAUCUUCUGAAUAGCCUCAAAGAGGCUCGAAACUAUGAGUCAAGGGUCUCACCUAAUUUACAUAGCAGUUACUCUGAGACUCUAUCCAAGCUGGAGAACCAGUAUUGCAAACUGCUGGAACAUUCGUCAUGGCGACUGCGCUGCCUAGAGAGCCUUCGAGCUUUUGUGUCCCACUGCACUGAGGAGCUGAUCUGGCUCAAUGAGAGGGAGGAGGAGGAGCUGGCCUUCGACUGGAGCGACAGCAGCACCAACAUGGCUGCCAAAAGAGAGCAAUAUGCUGACAUGAGGUCAGAGCUGGAGGAAAAACAGGAAGUGAUGCGCUCUCUCCAGGAGACAGCUGAUCGCCUGUGUCAUGAGAACCACCCAGCCAAACAAACAGUGGAGGCUUACAGUGCUGCCCUGCAGACGCAGUGGCAGUGGAUCAAAGAGCUCUGCAUAUGUGUGGAGCAGCAUCUCAAGGACAACACUGCCUACUUCCAGUUUACGAGUGAUGCACGGGACUGUGAAAGCUAUCUACGUCAACUACAAGACACCAUUAAGAGACAGUACACCUGUGAUAAGAACAGUAGACUCGGUAGACUGGAAGACCUGCUGCAGGACUCCAUGGAGGAGAAAGAACAAUUGAUUGAAUACCGCAGCACAGUGGCCAGCCUUGUAGGCCGAGCCAAGUCUGUAGUCCAGCUCCGUCCACGCAGUGCAGAUAGUAACCUAGGCACCACCACACCAAUUCGUGUCAUCUGUGACUACCGACAAAUAGAGACUCCACACCCCAGCACAAUAUCAGAAGUCGCAGACAAUGCAGUUCACAUAGCAGAGCAAGAGAAGCUGCAGCAGGAUCUGAAAGGUCUUCAGUCAGAUUUGGGUGAAGUGUCUCGUCGCUGCGUGAGCUUCUUUGAGGAGAAACCUACCUCUUCCAGUGUGCCUGUCCUACGCUCUGAGCUCAACCUGGCUGUAGAGCACAUAGAGAAACUCAACUCCCUCUCCUCUGUUUAUCUGCAAAAAUUGAAGACGGUUGAUGUGUUGAUGAGAAGCCUGCAGGCUGCAGAAAGUCAAGUGAAAAAGUAUGAGAGUCGACUGAGUGAAGAGGAUAUUGUCCCCGCUGAUACUGCUGCAAUCCAGGCCUUGGGAGAGCAGUUAAAUAAAUGGCAUUCAGAGCUGGAGGAGCAGAAUCACAUAUUCAAGAGUCUGAGUUUAGAGGUCCAGCAGGCUAGAGAGGUCGGAAACCAGCUCAACCAACUGCACCCUGACCGUAGCCCUGAACUGGACCGCUACCAGGAGAAAGCACAACAGCUCACAGAGAGGUGGAGCGGAGUGAGCAGGCAAAUGGAGACACGGCAAGCGGAUCUGGAGAUGCUGGGUUCGGUGCUGCAGCAGUACAGAGAAGGCCACACCUCUCUCAUCCGCUGGAUAGAGGAGACCACCGAAAAACAGGAGAACACACAACCCGAGCAGACGGACAGCAGAGCUUUGUCAGAGCAGCUCGCACAGCAAACGGCCUUGGUGGCUGAGAUAGAACAGAACCAGGUCAAACUGGAUGAAUGCCAGACGUACUCUAAACAGUACUGCGCUGCUGUUAAGGACUAUGAACUCCAGCUUAUGACAUUCAGAGCUUUUGUUGAAUCAACCCAAAAGUCUCCUGUGAAAAGAAGGAGGAUGCACUCUUCAUCAGAUGUCAUCACACAGGAGUUUAUGGAUUUACGCACGCGAUACACAGCUCUGGUUACACUGACAACACAACAUGUCAAGUAUAUUAGUGAUGCACUACGACGACUAGAGGAGGAAGAGAAAGAGGUGGAAGAGGAGAGGCAGGCACGAGUGGGCCAGGUCUCAGAGCUGCUCGGCUGGGUCAAGGGCCUACAGGAGCGUGCUGGCAGAUCUGCCGAGCCGUCACUUGCUGCACAGCAGGCUAUUAGUGAGCAGUUAGCAGCUAAAAAAGAGGAAGUUGCUGAAGCUAUCAGGAGCACCCAAGUCUUCCUGAUGUCAAAACAGGCCAGCAAGCUGUCUCCUGAAGAGCGCGCACAGGUGGUCUCCCAGCUGGAUGAGCUGACGGCCACCUACACUCAACUGUGUGACAGUUCUGCCACACACUUGCAACAACUGGAGGAGCAGCUGGCCAAAGAGGAGAAGCGCAAGGGCCAAGAAAUCAUCGCUGGAGUAAUUGACCUUGGCACCAUGGAAACCUUUCCAGUUUUCCAGGCAGCACAGCGUGGCCUCAUAGACCAAGACACCUGUCAUGUACUGUUGGAGGCACAGGUCGUCAUGGGUGGUCUAUUCCAGCCUGACUCCCCUGAUAAACUGUCAUUAGAUAAGAGUCUUUCCAGUGGUUUGAUUGAUAAACAUACCUACCAAUCACUGGAAGAGUUAGAGACUGCCCUUGGUCUUGUCAACACAGUAACAUUUGCAGAGGGUCAGGAAUUACCUGUAGCCACUGCUGUGAAAGAAGGCGUCAUAAAGGAGCUGGUGGGGCUCCGUAUACUUGAGCUGCAGAUAAGCACUGGCAGCCUGAAGUCUGGUUCCAGUGGAGAAAUGGUCAGCCUGUAUCAUGCAAGGGAGAAGGGAUUGUUAUCCCCUGAUCUUUGUCAAAAGCUGCAAUCCUGUCUUCACCGGCGAGAACUUAUUGAUCCAAAUACAGCAGAAAAACUAAGUCUGGUUGACUUUCAACAGCGAUGUGUUCUCAAACAGGAGAAGGGUCUGCGCUUAUUUCCAGUUAAACAGAAGCCAGGAGGAACGGUCUGCUUAUGCUCUGGCAGAAAGGUGGGAAUAUUCUGUGCUGUUCAAGAGGGGCUUAUCGACCGGCAUGUCACAGUUCGACUUCUGGAGGCUCAGUUGUUUGCUGGAGGUAUCACAGACCCCCGCUCAGGACACAGAUUGACUGUUAAUGAGGCUGUCCGGCAUGGCCUGAUGGAUCAGGACUUGGCCUGCACCCUCAUGACACGACAGCUACAAACAGGAGGAAUAAUAGAUCCAGUCAGUGGGGAGCGUCUAGAGUUGGAUGAGGCCAUAAAACGAGACCUUCUCUCUCCUCGCAUAGCCUUGCGUGUACUGGAAUCUCUCCAGUCCUUUAUGGCAAUAAUGUGGCCAGAAUCAGGCGAGCGGUUUCCUGUAAGUGAGGCACUUCAGCAGGGUGUUUUCAAUAGAGAGCUUGCUGCAAAAGCCUUGAGAAAACGUCAUUCUGUUGGUGCAGUAUAUCUGCCUGAGAGUGGACAGGUGGUCCCUCUCCAUCAAGCUGAGAAGAUACUUAAGCCACAGGCAGUGGAGAUCCUAAAACACAUCCAGGUUCCAGAUGUCCUUCCCCAUGUGUCUCUGUCAAGUUCCUCAUAUAUGAAGCGAUUGAGUUCUGGAUCUGCCUAUUCUUCAUCACCCCCUGCCUCACAUGCAGAUAUCAAUUAUGUCUUUUUCAUCACGGAGGAAGGCAGGUCAGAAGAGCAGAUUCAAAACCACCUUCUCAGUCAAGUGAUGACACACAGCUACAUUAAUGCUCACUCAGGAGAACGCCUAGUCUUACUAGAACCAGAAUUGGUAGAACUAAUAUGUAGAAAUGUCAAAACCGCAAACCUUGCCAGACCAGUCCAACUCAAAAUUUCUGACAACGUUAGAGUUAUGCUGGACAGCAAAGAUAUGAGUGGGAUUGAAGAGGAAAAAAAUGAAGAACUCAAAAUUUCACAACAUGAAAUUGCCCGCAGGGACUCUUAUAUGGAAGAGACUGUAGAAAUGGCAGGGGAAGAUCUUGCACCCUUGAUGGUCACCAACAGAACCUUUAAAGAGCCUUUGCAUAAAGUAGUUUUGCAAGAGAAAGUUCUAUCAUCAGAAGAGUAUGAACAACCCAAGAUAAAAGGUAAAAUUGCCUGCAAGAUAACUGAUAUAGGAGAGGCAGUAGAAAGAACAGAAGAUCUAGCACCAUUGACAGAAACAAACAUCACAGAGCUUUCAAAUGAAGAGAUUCAACAAGAAAAGGUUUUGUCAUCAAGAGACUAUGUAGAAUCCAAGAUUAAAAGAGAUGACACUGACAGCAGAAAUACUGACAUGGGUAGGACUAUAGAAGGAACGGGGGAAGAACUUGCAUGCUUGACAGGCACUGACCGAACUUCUAUAGAGCCUUCACAUGCAGAGGUUUGGCAAGAGAGAGUUCUAUCAUCAAGAGAAUGUGAAGAACCCAAGAUUAAAAAAGAUGAAAUUGAGAGCAAUAACACUAAUGUGGGUGAAAGUAUCGAACUGGCAGAGAAAGAUGUUCCACACUUGGCGAGUAAAGACAGACCCUUUAUAGUGCCUUCACAUAAAGAGAACUUGCAGGAGAACGUUCUGUCACCAGGAAGACAUGAAAAACCCAAGUUUUUAAAAGGUAAAAUUGCCUGGACAAACACUGAUAUAGGUGAGACAGUAGAAAGAGCAGAGGAAGAUCUUGCACCCUUGACAGGCACAGCUAGAGAUGUAAUAGUGCCUUUACAUAAAGAGAACUUACAAGAGAAAGUUUUAUCAUCAGGACAAUAUACAGAACCCAAGAUUAAAAAAGUUGAAACCUCCAGCAAGGAGACUAACAUAGGUGAGACAAAAGAAAGACCAGGGGAAGAUGUUGCAGCUUUAACAGGCUCAAAAAUAACCUUUAUAGAGUCUACACGUGAAGUUGUUUGGCAAGAGAAAGUUCUGUCAUCAGGAGAAUAUAAAGAACCCAUUAUUAUAAAAGGUAAAAUUGACUACAAUAUCACUGGUAUGGGUGAGAUGAUAGAAAAAGCAGAGGAAGAUGUUGCACCCUUGACAGAUGCAGGCAGGGCUUUUAUGGAUCCAUUAAAUAAAGACAAUUUACAAGAGAAAGUUCUUUCAUCAGGACAACCCAAGAUUAAAAAAGAUGAAACGGUGAGCAAGAAGACUAACAUAGGUGAGACAAUAGAAAGACCAGAGGAAGAUGUUGCAGCUUUAACAGGCUCAGAAAUAACCUUUAUAGAGCCUACACAUGAAGUUGUUUGGCAAGAGAAAGUUCUGUCAUCAGGAAAAUAUGAAGAACCUAUGAUUAUGAAAGGUAAAAUUGCCUGGAAGAACACUGGUAUGGGUGAGAUGAUAGCAAGAGCAGAGGGAGAUCUUGCACCCUUAACAGGCACAGAAGGAACUUUUAUGGAGCCUUCACAUGCAGUUUGUCAAGAGAAAGUUCUGUCGUCAGGAGAAUGUGAUGAAUCUACCAUUUUAAAAGGUAAAAUUGCCUGGAAGAAUGCUGAUGUGAGAGAGAAAAUAGAUAGAGAGGAAGAAGAUCUUGCACCCUUGACAGGCAAAGAAGGAACUUUUAUGGAGCCUUCACGUGAGGUUUGGCAAGAGAAAAUUUUGUCAGGAGAAUGUGAUGAAUCUGAGAUUAAAAAAGAUGAAAUUGACAGGAAGGAAACUGAAAUGGGUGAGACUAAAGUAAGAGCAGAGGAAGAUCUUCCACUCUUGACAGUCUCAGAAAGAACCUUUAUGGAACCUUCACAAGAAGAGUACUGGCAAAAGAAUGUUCUGUCAUCGGGACAAUAUGAAGAACCCAAUAUAAGUAAAACUGCCAGCAAGAAGACUGAUAUGGGUGAAACUAUAGAAAGGACAGAGGAGUAUCUUGCACCCUCAACAAGGAAAGGCCUAAACUUAACAGUGCCUUUUCAAACAAGCUCAACCCUACCAAAGACUAUAUCGGAUAACGGGACACCCGCUCAAAAUCAAAUUAUAGAUUCAACACUAAAUGAAUCUAAAAAUAAGCAAACACUUGACCUGGAACAGGCAGAUAAUAGUGGGGUAUUUCUAAAGAUAACAGAACAAAAAAUGUUUGACAUAGGUGAAAGCAGUGCACGUACUUCACAUCAAGAUACUGUAAAUGUAGGACAAUAUGAUCAGCUAUAUAUCAAUCCAGAUGAAGCCAAGACAGCAAAGCAGUCAGAUGAACUGAAGAAAAUCGUUGCACACAAGGAAAAUAAAAGGAUAUUUGAACAACCUGGUAAAGAUAAGAAAUUAUACCCUUCAGAAAUUAAGACUUUGUCAGUGGAACUAAGUGAUGAUGAUGUGAAGCUUGAGAGUAUGGCUUUGGAACUGCAACAAAGGGGUCUUGUAACUGUAGAGGGCCAAAAAGUUAUUCUGGAUGAAGCUGUGGCACAGGGUUUGCUUCCAGGGCACACUGCUAUGAAGCUUAUGGAAAAAGCUGGUCUCUUUGGUGGUUUUCUGGAUAUUAAUGCCUGUAAGUCACUUAGUGUUGAGGAUGUGAUGCAAGAAGGCCUGUUGGAUGAGGACUUGAUGGCCUGUGUGCUUCAUUCAGAAAAGAUUUUAGCCGGUGUGAUUGAUGUGGAGCAUGGUUGGCACUGCUCAAUAAAGGAUGCUGCUGAGGCAGGCCUGUUGGACUCCGAUACGGCUGCUCGUCUCCUUGAAGCCCAGGUUGUGUCAGGGGGAAUAGUUGACCUACGAAGAGACAAGAAGUUAUCAGUUACCCUUGCAGCCAACCUUGGGCUGAUUGAAGAUGGUAGAAAGGAGAAGCUUCUUGCACUGGAAAAGUCAUGCCGGGGAAAAUGUUCAGAUCCAAAUGCAGUGCAAACCAAGUUGGCGCUACAGUUACAAAUGAAAGGAGUGGUGGACCCAAAAACCAAAAAGGCUGUCCCACUGGAACAAGCCCUUCAAACUGGGUUAAUUGGACAGGAUGAGGCUCAGACGAUUUUAUGCCAGCAGGUUGCAGAAGGUGGCAUUGUGCAUCCUGGCUCUGGUGUUCGCCUUGCUGUUGUGGAUGCUCUACAACUGGGUCUCAUAGAUCACACAGUUGCUCCAAAGUUGAUGGAACUUGAAAAGGCAUUCAAAGGCCAAGAACCAAGUAGUUUGGAUCAAAACACUUCACUUCUUCAGGCCUCUACAGGUUCUAUUUAUGAUGAUGUAUCAAAAAGCAGGAUUACUCUGAGUGAGGCUGUUUCUAAAGGCCUCCUAGGUGAAGAAACAGCAAAUAAAGCUAUGGACUCAUCCAACGUGAAAAGUGGAUUGUUGGAUCCUCAUAAAGCUUGUAUUGUGUCCUACUCUGAGCUGAUAAACCAGGGUAAAAUUGACAUUGAGACACGACAGAGAUUCCUUGAAGUGAGACCUUUCAGGGGAGUUCCUCAUAAACAAACUGAUGAAAUGAUGACCUUACCACAGGCAAUUAAGGCAGGCCAAAUAGAUCCCAUACCAGCAGUGAGAGUAUUGCAGAGUCAAGCAGAUACAGGGGGUAUCAUUAACAUUUACAGUGGAGAGCGUUUGCCUCUUCCGGAGGCUAUAAAUAAAUGCUUAGUUGAUAAAGACAUGGCUAAAUGUAUUGCUACAUAUCAACUCUCGAAAGGGGGGUUGCUCAAUCCAGCCAGUGGACAGAAGGUCUCCAGCAUUACUGAGGCGAUCGAAUAUGGGCUUAUUUCUACUGAAAUGGCUGCAGAACUUCAACACAGCAUGGGCCUUGUAGAUGAAGAUGAGAAGAAAAGUUCUCAAAUAUCAGCCUCCUCAACGAAAGGAACUUCUAGUUCUUUUGUUCCUGAGAUGAUAUCUGAGCGUGUCAGUCCUAAUAAAAUGUCACUUGAGAAAGGUCUAUUGAGUAUACCAUCACCACCAUCAUCAUAUCUUACAGAGACUGAAAUAAAAGAUGCAGAUCUUUGGAAAAAAGAGGAGCUUGAAUCUUUUGACAUCCGUCCUGAUUUAGAAAGUAAGGAACAAUUGGUUGAUGCCGUGAUGCAGGACAGCAAUGAUACAUCAUUGGAGGUUCUGACAGAAUUUACCUUGAAAGCAGAAAAAAGACUUCAGCAGGUCAUUAAAGAGAUAAAGCCCACAGAAAGCGAACAUAUCAAAUCACAGCCAAUCCAAAGCCCUGAGCAACCUGAAGAGAUGUCUGAUUUCAAAUGGCAAAAGGUGGACGUUAAGAACUCAACAGCUUUACUUGACCACACCGCAGAGAUGGAAAUCCAGAGUCAGACAGUCAGUGUAUCUGCAGUUACUACUGCCAUUUUAUCAGAAAGCAGUGAUAACCGCAAAGAACAAGUCCCAUCUACUGAGCAAACAAUAGGAGGGACAGAGAUCCAAAGGCAGACAGUAAGUGAACCUGCAAUCUCUGAAGUCAGUUUCUCAGAUGCCGAUGAUGGCUUGCAAAACAAGGAACAAACCCCAUCUAUAGAGCAAAUAGAGGGGCAUAGUUUCAAGUUAGAAGCAGAUCAGUCAGUGUCCAAACCAGAGAAAAUCAAGGACAGCCAAGAGACUGGAUUGGAUCCUUAUGCUUCUACAACCACAAGGCCAGUUAAAGUAUCAGGAAAGAAGAAAGGCAGAGGAAAAAAUGGCAAGCAAGCUAAAAUGGAAAGUGAUGUAAAGCUACAAGUUUCAGAAACCUCAGCCAGAAUUUCACCUAUAGAAAAAGCAGAGGUUGAUGGACAAGAUGGCUUUACCACUAAUCAAAAGCGUAUUAUGAAAGACGACAAAGAAAAGGUGGUUGAAGUACAGCAAUCAGAGACAACCCAUGGAAGUGGUAGCACUGCACCUUUGACAGGGAGUGAUGAGACUGCGCAAGGCAAAGAUUUGGAAAUAGGGGUGGAUAGAACUGCUAAUGAAACUAAGACCCCCAAAUGUGAGUCUGAUCAUGAAUCCGAUGAAAAACAAAAAGAGAAGACACAGAACAGUGUCACGACUUGCAUGGCAAAAACAGACCAGAGUCAGGAAGCUGUUGUGGUCUCUAAGGACCUUGGCACAGAGGUAUCAGAAAAGAAGAGAAAGAAGAAAAGCAAAAGUAAAAAAGUUAAGCAAGUGUGUAUUGUUGAAACAGAAGGUGUAGAGAAAAGAGAUGAUGAGACUGAGAAAGAGCAAAAGACGGUGAUCCAUGAGGUCCAACCUCAAAGCAAUCAAUCAGAUGAGAAAGAAAGUAUGAAGCAACUUGAGAAAGCCAAUCAGGCAAUGGCACAGAAGGAAAUACUUUUGAUGAAAGCUAAGGAAAGCAUUCUUAGGAAGGUGUUUGAGCGAGGAGUGAGUGAAAAACAAGCUGCUGAAGAAUUAGAAGCGAUGCGUCAAGUAGCUAGUAAUGAAGAAUACCGUAUUACCACCCAAGAGGAAACUAUUGUAGAGAAGACAAGCACUAAGCCUCCUCAAAGUAAGAAGAAAGACGACAAACUACACCAGACGGGGCAAGAAAUGAAUGAAAGGGUUGAAAGAUCAGUGCCAAACAUUGCAGAGAAUCCUCUACCUGGGUCUGAUAUUGAUCCAUGCUCCUCAGCUAAAACACAGCUUCAAAAACCAGAAGAAGAUCAGCAUGACAAGCAUACAAACACGGGAUUAAGUGGAGAUGAUAUGAAUCAGAAUAUUCCAUCUAUGAAAACAUCUGAUGACAUUGUGGACAUAAACCAAAAAGAACUGGUUCUAAUCCAGAAUUUAGAAGGGGAAACCAAAGAAAGAACAGCAAAAGAACAAAGCAUUGAGCCGUUAUAUACAGAUGAAAAGUUGAUAGACCCUAUGAUUGAAGUGACCUUGCCAUCAAGCAUUGCAGUGACUGACAGCCAUGAAAUUGCUAAAUCCAUACCCCUCAAAUGUGUCUUCAACAUCCCAGUAAUGAAGGACUCCAAAGCACUUCUAUCAAGUGAAGUGUGUACUCCUUUACAUAAUACAAAAACAGCAGUGAAAGAGGCAAGCAGUGAAGUUCAUCAAGAAAGAAUCGAGGAGCCCCCUUUCAGUGAUUAUGAAGCCACAGAUGAACCUUCUAUCCAAAAAUGUAAAGUUUCUGGUCUACCCCUUAUGGAGGUGAUCUCAGAGUCUGAUACCAAACAGAAAGAAGAGGUGGAAGAAUAUGCAGUGGCUUUAAUGGAAAGGCAGUCUGGAGAAAUUCAAAUGAAUAUUGAACAAAUAAGCAAAGACACUACAAGCGCUAGCAAGUCCUCGCUGGCUCGCCAAGAGUGCUUAGAACAUGACCAACAGAUUGUGGCCUUGCUUUCUAUGGUGAGACACAUUGAGGUCCGCCUAAAGCAGCAGCAGCAACAGUCCAUUGGUCGAAGUCUCUCCACACUUGAUGACAUAAUCAAACAGAUAGAGAUGUUUUUUUUGGAAAUUAGUGACCUGGAACCAGAAGUGCACAAGGAGACUGAAGCAGCCACACAGCUGCUGGAGUCUUACCCUCAGGAUGUUCCACCUCAGCUGCUUAUAGCUCUGGAAAAAGAUGGGCGAAGCUUAGCUCGGGCUUACAGUGCAGCCAGGGACCUUGCCCAGAAUACUUUGCAGGGGUUACGAGAACAACGUGAUGCACAAAGCGAAGCUGUAAGCAGUCAGCUGAAAUCUUUACAAGAGCAAGUUGACAAACUUCUUAGCUGGCUUAAGGAUACUGAGACGCAAAUGCAGGAAGAAACAGAGGUAGAUGGACAAACAGUGGCUGAGAUCACUCGUAAGCAACAGUUGUGCGAGAUGUUGCAGAACUCCCUCGCUGCCCGAUCCAAUGAAGUCAGCAAUGUGGCGUUCAAUAUUCAAGUGUUUAUCUCCGAGCAUGCUCAGGACCUGUUGCCUGAUCAGAGCAGGCAUCUCCUUGGACAGCUGGAGCAGCUACAGAGGGUCUUUCACCAGGCUGUUGGUCUCAAUCAUGCCAGGGCAGAGGCACUAUCAGCCCAGCAGGCGAGAGAGAAUGAACGAAUGAGGAAAGAAAAAGAAGAGAAAAUGGAAAAAGACAAACAAACUACAAGGGAUAGAGAGGUUGUGCAGCAGCAGAAGUCAGAAUGCGCUCAAAAACUGGAGAAUCUCACUAUGUGGUUGGCUGGUGCUGCCAGCCUCCUGGCCAGUCAGAGAGUUGGAACUGAGUCCGAUGAUGUGAACGAGUUACAGCAGAAGCAAAGAGAGCUUAAGGAGGUGGAGAAGGACCUUCAGACCAAAAGUGACUUGUUGACUGAGACUGUACGCUCAGUGGAGGAGUUCCUGUCCGAUCGGGGUGAUAGUUUGAGUCCUGAAGAGAGGGCCAAACUACAGGGGACUCUUUCACAAAUGAAAGAGCAGCACAGCUCACUUACAAACUCAGUCCGCUCUUCACUAGCUAAAGUAGACACUGCCAUUGUCACAACAGUGCAGCAGAACACACAAAAAGCUAAAGCAGAAGAGCAGAUGCAGGAGACACAGGAAAAAAUAGACACACUUCUCAGAGAAUUGUCAUCACUGGAUGACUCAAAGAGGAGGUCACUUGGCAUCACUGUCACUGACACACCAUCAUCUGAACCACCAGAGAAUGCUCUGAAUUCUCAAAGUGACAUGCUUCAGACUGAGCUGCAACAGUUACAAGCUCAACAGGCUCACCUUCAGCAGGUGGCCCAGUCUGUCCGCUCUCUCCUGGAACAACCUGACUCCAGUGUGCCACCAGAGGAGAAACAACGCUUACGGGCAAAACUAGACCAACUACAGAGUCAGCAUCAGGAGCGCCUUCAGAACUGUCAGGACAGGCUCAGGCGGACAGAUGCCCUCAGAGAUGAGUUUGCCAAGUUUGUGCAGGAGAAUGGGAACCUGGGGACAUGGUUGGAUCAGAGUGAACAAGAACUACGUACACUCGGGGAAGGGGAAACUGAUGCAAAGGGUCUAAAAGACAGGAUAGAGGAGCACAAAAAGCUUGCAGAAGAUGUCAUCUGUCACAAAGCUGAUCUACGCUUUGUGACAAUCUCUGGUCAGAAGGUUCUGGAUUCUGUCCAGGGGGCCUUGGAGAAGGUGGGCAGUACGGAUCCAGCUCUGGAGGAAACCAGACACCUAGUGAGUGGCAAGCUCCAAGAUGCCACACAGCGCUACAGUUCAUUACACAGCAAGUCCUCAGAACUUGGCACCCGUCUCUCAGGUCUCCUGGAGCGAUUCCAACACUACCAAGAUGAGGCUGGUUCUUUAGGCUCCUGGCUGAGCACUCAGGAGCAAAAUCAGAGUGUAUUUAAACCCAGCCGAGAGCAAACGGACACUCAGACAUUGCAGCAUACUCUCAGUACUGUACAGCUGUUGCAGGAUGAGUUGGCAGAGCGUUCGGUACAGCUUGAGAAAGUCAAGAGGGCAGGUAAAGAGCUGGUCAGCACUCAGGAGUCCCCAACUCUCAAAAAUGCAGAUAUUAACAAUCUUACAGAUGCUCUGGAGAAGCGCUUUGAAACCCUGUCUAAUUCAGUGUCAGUGAGAGCUGAACAGCUUCAAACCGCUGUUGCCCAAUCAGUCAGCGUUCAGGAGGGACUUAAAGCACUGCUGGCAUGGUUAGAUGGACUACCGUUAUCACCUGGUGCAGUCCAGCCCACUGCUCAAGCAGUUCAGGAUGCCCUGACACAAAAUCAGAAAAUACGUCAGGAACUGCUUUCAAGGCAGGGCAGCGUGGAUGCAACCCUGGACUCUGUGUCCAAGCUUCUGAAGUCUGCAGAUGCAUCGACAGCGUCUGGCCUGCAGGGGACACUACAGGACUUGAGUCAGCGCUACACAGCGGCCCAGGCCAAACAGACUGAAAGAGAGACUGAGUUGCGGGGACUUUUGCCCAAGUUGGAGAGCUUUGAGCGCCAGAGUGCAGACCUCCGCAGCUUUACGCAGAGUCGUGAAAGGGCUCUCAGCCCAGUAGGCCAACCUGACUGCAGCGUGGAUGACUACAAACAGACCAUAGAGGAGGUGAGAUCAGAAAUUACCCAAGAGUCAAGUCAAUUAAAGUCAUUUGUCGAGCUUGGUUCAGACCUAAGCAAGUCUGGGAUCCUUGCCAAUGCACAAAGCCUUCAGGACACAACCAAAGAGGUUUCUGAGGACUUUGCACGCUUGGAAUCCAAUGUCAAUGAGAGAUUUGAUUCCAUCCAGAGCUGCGUCCAGCAACUGGCAGAGUUCCGCUCUCGCUCUUGCUCCCUCCUCAGGUGGCUGCAGACAGUACAAGAACAACUUCCUGCCAAAGAGCCCAACCUAAGCACAGAAAGCCUGCAGAGAAGAGCACAGCAGCUUAAAGAUCUACUCAAAGAAUGGGAGACCCAAGGAAGCCAAGUUCAGGAGUUGAACAAGACCAGUUCACAACUGGAGAACUUGAUUAUUAACAUCACAUCUCCCAAGAACAAGACUGGUGUUUCCCAGCUCAAUGGUGCUUCCAGCCCCAACAGUGUUAAUGGCAUUCACACCUGUAAAGACUUGACUGAGAUCCAGGUGGCAGUGGCAGAUGUGAACUGCAAGUAUGAGCAGCUGGGCAGUGACAUGAGGGAAAGGAAGGGUAGGCAAGAGGCCUCUCUUGACCUGCGGCAGAAGGCCAGGCAGGGCUCUGAGGCACUCAUCCAGUGGCUGGGCCCCCGUGAAGAGAGCCUGGCACAAGGGCAGACCGCCUCACCUUCUCGGCCAGAGGCGGUGCGUGCUCAAGCCCAAGAAACCAAGGUUUUACUUACUGAGCUUGCCGACCAUUCUGGGAAAGUGGAGGAUCUAAAAAACAUUCUCAAUCAGCUAAUAACAGAUCAUCCUGAUUCUCCUGAAGCUGAGACUUGGAAACGUCAGCUUGAAGACAUAGACUCACGAUGGACGAAAGCCAAUCAGACUGCAGCACAGAGGCAGACUGAAUUGGAAGCGUGUGCUGAUAGGCUGGGCAGUUUUGCUGCAGCAGCCAGUCAGCUAGGACCAUGGCUACGAGAGAAAGAGCUGAUGAUGAGCGUAUUAGGUCCACUGAGUAUCGACCCCAACAUGCUCAACACACAGAAACAGCAAGUGCAGUUCAUGCUACGUGAGUUUGAGACACGGCAACCCCAGUUUGACCAACUGUCUCGAGCGGCAGAGGGAAUCCUCUCCCCGUCUGGAGAUGAGGGUUCUAGAGAUGGACAGGACCUAGAGGAGGUGAGGCAGGAGCUGGCAGACGUUUCACAGCAGUGGGAAGACCUCACCUCUCGUCUCACCGGCCGCUCGCAGCAGAUCGACCAGGCGCAGGGAACCAGUGAGCGCUACCUGGCCCUGCUCAGAGAGCUGUCUCAGAGCGUGGCCGAUCUAAGCGAGAGGCUGGAUGCGCAGGCCUCUCUAAGCGCUCAGCCUGAAGCCCUGCGCUGUAGGCUUCAGGAAACUGGGGAGAUCCGUGCUGAGCUGGAACAGAGACGAGGUCAACUGGCCCAGGCUGAGCAGCUGUGUGCGGAGCUCAGCACAAUUGUGGCCGAACCGUAUCUCAGAGAUGAGUUACACAAGAGACUGGAGAGUGUGAGCGGCCCCCUCAAAAACCUAGAAGAACGGGCUGCUGAUAGCUUGUCCCAGCUGCAGGCCACCCUGUCCAGCACUCAACAGUUCCAGCAGAUGUUUGACGAGCUUCGUGGCUGGUUGGACGGGCAGGCUGGGAAUCACACAGCUGGGGUUUCUGAAGCCCUUCCUUGCCAACCUGAUGCUCUAAAGACCCUUCUGGCCCAACAAGAGGAUCUCCAGCGAGCCAUAGCACAACAACGUGGGUCCUAUGAGCUCAUCCAGGCCGAGGGGGCAUCUCUACUGGCAUCCCUCCCCGCUGGAGAUGAGCGAUUAGCCCUACAGACUCGACUAAACAUCUUACGGCAAGACUGGGAGGGCAUGAACCAACAAACCUCUAAUAAACACAGUCGAAUAAAAGAGAUGCUGUCCCGUGCUGAGCUGUACCAACAACAUCACAAUGAGCUUGUACCUUGGGUUGCAGAAUGUGAGGUAAGGGAGGCGGAGAUCCACCCAUCACUGGAUCCCGCCACCUUAGACGAGGCUUUGCAAAAGGCUAGACAGUUAAGUCUGGACUUGGAUCGUCGUCGCCCUCUCUUAGAUUCUCUGAACACGGCAGCAGAUCAGCUGCUGGAACAGAGCUGCGCUGGUGAAGAGGAAGUGAGGGAUGAAAAAGCCCAGCUUAAUCGCAGGAUAGACGGUCUCUCUGAGCGACUACAGGGCCGCACGGCUCAGCUAGAAGAGUUGGGAAGCAGACUGAAGGAGUUUGAAGAUGGGAGACUGGCUGUGGAGAGAAGACUCGAGGCAGCCAAGCAUCAGAUCGAGGUUCAGGAGGCGCUUGGGCCGCAAGCUUGUAGCAACAAAAGCCUGGAGCGUCUGCGUAGCCAACAGGAACUGUUAAACUCUGUACAGCCACAGGUGGUGUACCUACGAAAUCUGGCUCAGGGGCUGCUCCAGGAUGCGCCCGAGAUCUCCAGGGCCAGUGUAGAUGGCGGCCAGAGGCUGCUGCAGCAAGCUCGUGAUACGGAAAAAGAGUUUGAAGAAGUUACUGAGAAGACUGAGCAAUGCUGCUCAUCCUUGGAGUCCCGGUUGCAAGGUGUGGGAGAGGUCCAGUCACAUGUUCGAGAUGUUUUCUCCCGCCUGGCUGAUUUGGACGAUGAGUUGGACAGCCUUAGCCCUGUGGGGCGGGAUGCUGACUCCUUGGCCUCACAGGCUGAUGCUGUCAGGGGCUUCCUGAGUCGACUCGAUGCCCUCCGUGCCGAGCUGGAGAGUCAUGGUGGAGAAUGCACGACUAUGCUCCGUAGAGAGGGGAGCUCACCUGAUCUUCUGGCCCUCAGGAGAGAGACCGAAGCCCUGAGCAGACAGGCAGGCAAGCUGGCAGAGCGGGGCCAGAACCGUCUGGCACUCAUAGAAGCAGCAGAAGAGCGUGUGAAGGAGUUCUACGGCCGUCUAGCUGACCUACAAGGGUUGUUGGGACGAGCAGAGGAGGUGCUGAACACACAGGCUGUCGUGGGGACAGAAGUGGAGGUCAUCAAACAGCAGCUUCAGGAAUUCAAGGCCAUAGAAAGGGAGCAGAUAGACAGCAUUCAGCCCAAACUACAACAUGUCAACGCUGUGGGUCAAGGUCUUAUCCAGAGUGCAGCCAAACACACUGACACUCAGGCCCUGGAACAUGACUUGGAGACCACCAACCUGUGCUGGAACUCCCUCAACAAGAGGGUUGCUGAAAGAAUCGCACAGCUGCAGGAGGCCCUGUUGCAUUGUGGGAAGUUCCAAGAUGCUCUGGAGCCACUCUUGAGCUGGCUGAGUGACACAGAGGAGCUUAUAGCCAAUCAGAAACCUCCGUCUGCUGAGUACCGUGUGGUCAAGGCACAAAUUCAGGAGCAGAAGCUGCUGCAACGGUUGCUGGAUGACCGCCGUGGGACGGUAGAGAUGAUCAGGGCAGAAGGAGAGCGUAUCGCUGCUACGGCUGAGACACAAGAUAGAUACAAAAUCCAGAAACAUCUUAAGAGCCUAGGAGAGAGAUGGACAAAUCUGCUGGAAAAGGCCAGCGCCAGGCAGCAGCAGCUAGAGGAGCUGCAGGUGUUGGCGCUGCAGUUCCACGAGGCAGUGGAGCCGCUCGGUGAGUGGUUGAGUGCAACAGAGAGACGCCUGAGCUCCUCUGAGCCAAUGGGAACCCAGACCUCCAAAAUCACACAGCAGAUUGUAAGGCACAAGGCUCUCCAAGAGGAGGUAUCCUCUCGGGAGAAUGAUGUAAACCAUCUUGAGACUCUCAGUCAAUCACUGCACCCACUCAGCUGUGCGGCUGAUCGUGAUUGGCUGGGUGAACGUGUGGCGGCAGUGCGCAACGGGCACACGGAGCUGCACGAUUGGUGCAGUCGGAGAGAGGUCAUGCUGGAGCAGGCCCUGGCCAAUGCACAGCUAUUUGGAGAGGAAGAGGUGGAAGUUCUUAACUGGCUAGCUGAGGUGGCCCAGAGACUGGCCGAGGUCUCAGUGCAGAGUUAUCAGCCGGAGCUACUAGAGCAGCAACACAAACACACACUGGCUCUUAAUGAAGAGAUUAUCAGCAGGAAGAAGACAGUGGACCAGGCCAUUAAGAAUGGACAGGCUCUGCUUAAACAAACCACUGGUGAGGAGGUCCUGUUGAUACAGGAGAAGCUAGAUGGCAUCAAAAGCCGCUACGCAGAGAUGACAGCGGGCAGCAGCAAAGCCCUCCGUACUCUGGAACAGGCCCUUCAGUUGGCCACGCGAUUUGCAAGCUCACACGAUGACAUCAGCCAAUGGUUGGAUAGCGUGGAGGCGGAGCUUAACAACAUUGAGCCAGACACAACACCAGCCUAUCAGGACAGACAGAGGGAGCUGAAGUGCGUGUCUGCUGAGAAGAGGUUAGUUCUGGACACAGUGAAUGAGGUGGGCAGUGCUUUACUGGAUCUGGUACCCUGGCGUGCACGAGAAGGCCUGGACCGCCUGGUCGCCGAUGCCAAUCAGCGUUACCGCCAAGCCCAAGAGACCAUCACACAGAGAGUGCAGUUAGUGCAGGCUGCCAUCCAACGGUCACAGCAGUAUGAGGAGGCAGUCGAUGCAGAGCUGACCUGGGUCGGAGAGACCGAGAGGAAGUUGGCAUCUCUGGGGCCUCUGAGUCUGGAGCCUGAUGUGACUAUGGCUCAGCUCCAGGUGCAGAGAGCCUUUAACAUCGACAUCAUCCGUCACAAAGACACCGUGGACCAACUCCUUAAGACACGAGAGGACAUCCUGGAGAGCUGCAGCGAACAACAGAGAGAGGCUUUGAAGGUGAAGACGGACUCUUUAAGUGCUCGUUAUGAAGCAGUAACUCAGAGUCAUGCUGAGCGCUUCUCAGCUCUAGAGCAGGCUCAGGUGCUAGUAGCGCGGUUCUGGGAGACGUAUGAGGAACUUGAACCCUGGCUGGGCGAGACAGAGACUCUGAUUACCCAGUUACCCCCUCCUGCCAUCGACACAGAAGCACUCAGACAACAGCAAGACCAGAUGAGGCUUCUGAGAGAGUCCAUCGCUGAGCAUAAGCCUCACAUAGAUAAACUGCUAAAGAUCGGCCCGCAGCUGGCAGAACUGAGCACCCAGGAAGGGGCAACAGUAAGACAACGUUAUAAUGAAGCAGAUAGACGUUACCUCAGCAUCAAAGAGGAGGUCAAAGGUCGAGCCACAGCACUGGAUGAAGCAGUGUCACAGUCUGUCCAGCUGGUAGAGUUCCAUGAUAAGAUGGACCCCCUGUUGGAGACUUUGGAGGGUGCGGUCCAACGCUUGUGGCAGCCUCCUCCAGUGGCGGCUGAGGUGGAGAAGAUCCGGGAGCAACUUGCGGAGCACAGGGCAACGGGACUAGAACUGGACAAACUCCUUCCAUCUUUCAGUGCCCUGUGUGCCCGAGGAGAAGAGCUCAUCGGUCGUGCCCCACAUGACGAUCCUGCCGCCCAGGCGGUGCAUUCACGACUCUUGCGGCUGCGCUCUCUGUGGGAUGAGAUCAGGCAGAGGGCAGAGGAGAGAGAAGGAAAACUUCAGGAUGUUCUAGAUCUCGCCGGAAAAUUCUGGGCUGACAUGGCCGCUCUGCUGAGCACACUCCGUGACUCUCAGGACAUUGUGAAAGAUCUGGAGGACCCAGGGGUGGAUCCUUCACUUAUAAAACAACAAAUAGAGGCAGCAGAGGCCAUUAAGGCAGAGACAGAUGGGCUGAGGGAAGAACUGGAGAUCGUACGAACACUUGGAGCUGACCUCAUCUUUGCCUGCGGAGAGACUGAGAAACCAGAGGUCAAGAAGACCAUCGAUGAGAUGAAUGCAGCCUGGGAAGGCUUGAACCGCACGUGGAGAGAGAGAAUGGAGAGACUGGAAGAGGCCAUGACUGCCUCUGUGCAGUACCAGGAUGCUCUUCAGGGCAUGUUUGACUACUUGGACAACGCUGUGAUCAAAUUGUGUGACAUGCCAGCUGUAGGGACAGACCUCAGCACUGUUAAACAGCAGAUCGAGGAGCUCAAGCAAUAUAAAGUGGAAGUUUACCAGCAGCAGAUUGACAUGGAGAAGCUUUGCCACCAAGGAGAGCUGCUGCUCAGAAAAGUGAGCGACCAAACAGACCGAGACAUGAUUCAGGAGCCUCUCACUGAGCAACGCUACCUAUGGGACAACCUGGUGGACAAAAUCACAAUCAGACAGCACAAACUGGAGGGUGCGCUGUUGGCUCUAGGUCAGUUCCAGCAUGCUCUCUCUGAGCUGCAGUCUUGGCUCAGUCACACUCACGCCACACUGGACACCCAGCGACCCAUCAGCUCUGACCCCAAGGCCAUCGAAAUUGAGCUGGCUAAGCAUCAUGUUUUAAGAAACGACGUGCUGUCCCAUCGGACUACAGUGGAGACGGUGAACAGCGCAGGCUCUGAGCUGCUGGAGUCCAGUCCUGGAGACGAAAUCAACCACCUGAGAGACCAGCUGGAUGAGCUCAACCGCAGCUGGAAGAACCUUCUGCUGAAGACUGAUGAGAGGCAGAAGCUUUUGGAAGCUGCCCUGCAACAGGCGGAGGGUUUCCAUGGAGAGUUGGAGGAGUUUCUGCAGUGGCUCAGACGCACAGAGAGUCAGCUGUCCGCUGCCAAACCCACAGGUGGCCUGCCUGAGACCGCCAGAGAGCAGCUGCAGCAACACAUGGAGCUCCAGGGUCAAUUGACCCAGAGGAGUGAGCAGUACCAUCGGCUACUAGAUAAGGGAGAGUCCAUUCUGCUGGCCAGAGGAGGGGAGGAUGCUGGACCUGGUACCACCCAGACCCAACAGAACCUGGCUAUGCUACAGAACAAGUGGGCCAGUCUCAAUGCCAAAAUGGAUGACAGAAGGGGUAAACUGGAGGAAGCUGUCUCAUUGGCGACAGGAUUCCAGACCUCCCUGCAGGACAUCAUAAACUGGCUGACACAGGCAGAGCAGACUCUCAACAUGGCUCAGCCACCCAGCCUCAUUCUCGACACCGUCCUAUUCCAGAUAGAUGAGCACAAGGUGUUUGUGAAUGAGGUGAACACUCACAGAGAGCAGGUUCUGGCUCUGGAGAAAGCUGGCUCUCAGCUGCGGUUUGCCAGUCUCAAACAGGAUGUGGUUCUUAUCAAGAACCUGCUGCUCAGUGUACAGGCCCGCUGGGACAAACUGGUGCAGAGAUCACUAGACCGAGGACGCCACCUGGAUGAGGCCCGCAAGAGAGCCAAACAGUUUCAUGAGGCCUGGAGGAAACUGACAGACUGGUUGGAGGAAGCAGAGAGCAGGCUGGACUCUGAGCUGGAAAUCUCUAAUGAGCCUGACAAGAUUAAACUCCAGCUGGCCAAACAUAAGGAGUUCCAGAAGUCUCUUGGCUCCAAGCAGCCAGUGUAUGACACGACAGUGCGCUCUGGGAAGGCCAUGAGAGACAAGGCCACACUGCCCGCGGAUACACAAAAACUGGACAACUUGUUGGGCGAGGUCCGUGACAAAUGGGACACAGUUUGUGGAAAGAGCGUGGAGAGGCAACACAAGUUGGAGGAAGCCCUCUUGUUCUCAGGUCAGUUUGCUGAGGCUCUCCAGGCACUUGUUGACUGGCUGUAUCGUGUGGAACCUCAGCUUGCAGAGGACCAGCCUGUCCAUGGAGAUCUGGAUCUUGUUUCCAACCUAAUGGAUUCCCAUAAGGUCUUCCAGAAAGAGCUGGGAAAAAGGACCAGCAGUGUGCAGGCUCUGAAGCGGUCUGCCCGAGAGCUGAUGGAGACAGGCCGGGACGACACCGCCUGGGUCAAAGUUCAACUGCAGGAGCUUAGCAACCGCUGGGAAACAGUCUGUGCCCUGUCCGUUUCCAAACAGACCCGGCUCCAACAGGCUCUCAAACAGGCAGAAGAGUUCCGCACAGCUGUUCAAAUGUUGCUAGAGUGGCUUUCGGAGGCAGAGCAAACAUUGCGUUUCCGGGGCGUCCUGCCAGAGGAGGUAGAGACUCUGCAGGCACUACUGCACACGCACCGGGAUUUCAUGCAGACGGUGGAGGAGAAGAGAGUGGAUGUGAAUAAGGCUGCUGGCAUGGGUGAAGCCAUCCUAGCUGUGUGCCACCCAGACUGCAUCACAACCAUCAAACACUGGAUCACCAUCAUUAGAGCUCGCUUUGAGGAGGUGCUGACGUGGGCCAAACAGCACGAGCAGCGCUUGGAGAUGGCUCUGACUGAAUUGCUCACCAAUGCUGCACUACUGGAGGAGCUGCUGUCAUGGCUACAGUGGGCAGAGACCACACUGGUGCAGCGUGAUACUGAACCACUCCCCCAGGACAUUACUCAACUGAAGACACUAAUCACAGAGCAUCAGAUGUUUAUGGAGGAAAUGACCCGAAAACAACCUGAUGUUGACAAAGUGACAAAGACAUACAAGAGGAAACCAGCAGAACAUCCCAGCAGCCUUUCAGAGAGGAGAGGGGCCCGAAAACACCAGCAGCAGCAGCAACAGCAGCACUCAGUACAGGUAACCAGUGGUAACCCUCGCCUCACUCAGCUCUGCUCCCGCUGGCAACAAGUGUGGCUGCUCGCCCUCGAUCGCCAGCGCAAGCUGAAUGAUGCACUCGACAGACUAGAGGAGCUUAAAGAAUUUGCCAACUUUGACUUUGAUGUGUGGAGGAAGAAAUACAUGCGCUGGAUGAACCACAAAAAGUCUCGAGUCAUGGACUUCUUCCGACGCAUCGACAAGGACCAGGAUGGAAAGAUCACCCGCCAGGAGUUUAUCGAUGGCAUUUUGGCAUCAAAGUUCCCUACCAGCAAGCUGGAGAUGACAGCUGUUGCUGAUAUCUUUGACCGUGAUUGUGAUGGCUACAUCGACUAUUAUGAAUUUGUGGCUGCUUUGCACCCCAACAAAGAUGCUUACAGACCCACAACAGACGCUGAUAAGAUCGAGGAUGAGGUCACCAGACAAGUGGCCCAGUGCAAGUGUGCCAAGAGGUUUCAGGUGGAGCAGAUUGGAGAGAACAAGUACAGGUUCUUCCUUGGGAAUCAGUCAUCGUCCCUUAUGGCCAAGCAGCUAAUCUCAUUUCUCCUCCUUUCAUCUUCUGCAGCUCGUGGACGUACCAACCUGGAGCUUCGAGAAAAGUUCAUUCUUCCAGAGGGAGCUACGCAGGGUCUGGCGGCCUUCCGGUCCCGGGGUCGGCGAUCCAAACCUUCGUCGCGCACGGCUUCGCCCACCCGUUCAUCUUCAUCCGCGUCGCACAGCGCCCACAGCUGCGCCUCUCUACCCUCCGCACCCACAACACCCACAGCCUCCUCAAGGUCCUCCCAAUCCCAAUCUCGUGGCUAUGCCAAGCCCUGGCUGGCACACAGUAAAACUCCAACACCAACCAAGUGCCAGUCCUGCCCAGAGCACAGCCAGACCCCUGGGCAUGAGGGAGGCUCCACAUCUAAACUGAAAAGACCAACCUUCCAUUCCAGCCGUGGCUCCUUAACCGGUGAGAAUGGUGGAACACCAACCGCUGCUAAACCUGGACGCUCCGACAACAAACGCGCCCCGUCCUCAACGAGCGGCCCAGCCAGUCGAGCAGGGAGUCGCGCUGGAAGCCGAGCCAGCAGCCGAAGGGGCAGCGACGCUUCAGACACGUCUGAGCUCAUGGAGACACGCUCGGCUUGCUCCGACACCUCAGACACCCCUCGCCGGCCUGGGGCCAAACCCUCCAAAAUCCCCACCAUCUCCAAGAAGGCCCCCAGCCCCAAAACACCAGCGGGCAAGAAAUGAAGCCUCCACCCUAUCAGUCUAAGUGACUGACUCUGAGGUGGUUGUGAUUUAACCAGCAGGGGGAGAACACCAACACCUUCCUCUCUCCAGCGUCCAGCACAGCCGCACACUGCUACACCACCUAGAUCAAUACCUACCAUAAUGCUGCCUUAUUUGUGUUCUACAUCAUGUCCUUAAUUUGACUGACAUUGCGUUUUCUUGAAUGUGCGAUGGAGAACAUCCGGUGUGAGCAGACAUAUCUACACAGACACUCGGGAGGGACGUCAGUCCUGCACCAGGGGUUUUCACUAUUCUUCACUAUGAAUAUGCAACCGCCCGUCACUCUCCAAACCUCAUGCAUGGUUGUCACUUUGCUUGGACAGACUCGCCCUUUUCAAGUAUAUGCAGACCAGUCUCUAAUGAGUGUCUGUGCCUCCGCAAACAAGAGGAAACAAAUGAAAAACAGAGACAUUUUCCUCCUGGACACUUGGGACUUUUUGGACUCAUGUAUGUUUGUGUGUAUGUAUGUGUGGUAGUUCCUGUCAUGGUAAAUGAACGCAGUAAUACGGAGAGGAAGUGGAGGAGGAUACAUAUCUCUAGCCUUCCCACGCCUGAAGAUCCUUGAAGACUAGAUUCCUCACGUCACACGUGAUCCUUUUAAAGGAACUCCUAUAGCGCACAGCACACGUUCACACUGACGGUCUUCUCCGCUGUGUGUCCACGCAGUCUAGUUGUGUCCUUUUGUUACAGACAUCAUGUUUCAGAGCUUUUCCACAGUAUGCAAAAAUGAUUACAAUUGUGAAUGUUUGUUUCAUGGUUAAUUUAUAAUCCUGACAUUUUGUUUCUUUUCUAGAGUAAAGAGCUGUAUUUAUUUGUGAUUGCAGUAUCAUAUGAACUCUUAAGAAUGACGAGUAUUAACACAACCGGAAUCACUCUUGGUUUCGUUUUUGUACAUCCGCUCCUGACGUAAUGAAUUUCUCCGACUGAUGUUAUAACUGACCAGGAAGCUUACUGAUUCCAAUGGUGGCCUUUUUGCCGGUGACUACACUUUAGAUGACGUCAAAAGUGGCUUCCUACUUGUUCUUUCGUGACGGAAGCACCCUAAAUAAUGAAUGAUGGGGGCGGCUCGCGUAGCCCCCGUUAAAAACGGCGCUUUGAAUCUUGUCUUUGACAAGCUGAAGUAUAUGAAUACCUGAAGAAAGGUGAUUUUUAUUUAUUUAUUGUGUCAUUGGGAGGGAGGUGAGGGCUGUGAAAGGAUCCACCUUUUGAUUAUGUUACUCUUUUGACAUGACUGAGAGAAACAGGGGUGCAAUUGUGUAAAAGUAAAGAAGUUAUGAUUAUAAAUCCAUUUUGUUCUCUUUUGUAUUAAAACAAUGCUUGCAGUAAAACGGUCUGGUUUUGUGUUGUCGAGUGGUGUGUGUGUGUGUGUGUGUGUGUGUGUGAGCGUGCAGGGAUGCCACAGUUAACAGGAAAUGGCACAGUAAUUACAAGAAGUAGAGAUAAUGACACACCCCAUUA